CUUAUUUGCCGCUACCCUCUAUAAAAAAGCAAAAGCUUUCACUCUACACAUGGCCAUUCUCUGCUCUUCUCUUCUUUUCAAGAAACCAAUUAUAAACAAUCCACUCAUACCCAUUUCAACUUUCUUAUACCCUAAUUCUUUAAAGAUGUCUAUGAUCCGCGUGAAUUCUCGUUCUUCUUCUUCUUCUUCUUCUUCUUCUUCUUGUGCCCAGAUAGUCCAAGUUCCCGAUCUAGACACAGAUGCAUUCGACCGUAUUGCAUCCAAUGCCUUUGAAAGAUACUCUACAACUAUGGCUACCAGACACGGUAAAGGUACUGCCAUUGUUUGGUUCAGAAACGAUUUAAGAAUCUUGGACAAUGAGGUUUUGUUCAAGGCUUGGCUUUCUUCUGAGGCUGUUCUGCCUGUGUAUUGUGUGGAUCCUCGACUUUUUCAAACCACUCAUUAUUUUGGCUUCCCCAAAACGGGAGCAUUGAGAGCCCAGUUCAUCAUAGAGUGUUUGGCUGACUUGAAGAAGAAUUUGAUGAAAAGGGGGCUCAACCUCCUAAUACGACAUGGGAAACCUGAGGAAGUUCUCCCUUCUCUUGCUCAAGCUUUCGCUGCUCACACAGUAUAUGCGCAUAAAGAAACAUGCAGUGAGGAGGUACAUGUUGAGAAAUUAAUGAAUAAAGCACUGCACCGAGUAAAGUUGUCUCCUCCUCCCGACAGCAAGGCCUCUGCAAACACUACUCCCAAGCUACAACUUAUUUGGGGUAGUACUAUGUACCAUAUAGAUGACCUCCCUUUCAAUAUCACCAGUUUACCCGAUGAUUUUUUUGAUUUUCGCAAGAUUGUUGAACCAAAAUGUGCUGUCCGGAGCUGUAUUAAAAUUCCGAAAUCUCUUGCUCCACCGCCUACUGUUGAGGAUUGGGGAUGUGUUCCAUCGAUUCAUCAGCUUGGACUUGAAGAACAGAAGGUUAACAGAGGAAUGAGGUUUUUGGGAGGUGAAAGUGCUGCAAUCAGCAGGGUGUACGAGUACUUGUGGAAGAAGGAUUUGGCGAAGACAUAUAAAGAGACUAGAAAUGGGUUAUUAGGACUUGAUUACUCAACGAAAUUCUCUCCAUGGCUAGCUCAAGGAAGCCUCUCUCCUCGUUUUAUAUACGAAGAGGUGAAGAGAUAUGAAAGAGAGAGGCUAGCAAAUGAUUCCACAUACCGGGUCUUGUUUGUAUUGCUUUGGAGGGAUCAUUUCAGGUUUUUCUCAAUCAAAUGUGGAAAUUCCAUUUUCCAUUUAGGUGGCCCACGGAAUGUGGCGCAAAGAUGGAGUCAGGACCAGAGAUUGUUUGAAUCUUGGAGAGAUGGCCGUACAGGGUACCCUCUCAUUGAUGCCAACAUGAAGGAACUGUCUGCAACUGGAUUUAUGUCAAACAGAGGACGAAUGAUUGUAUGUUCAUUUCUGGUUCGGGAUAUGGGAGUUGACUGGCGCAUGGGAGCUGAAUGGUUUGAAACAUGCCUCUUGGAUUAUGACCCCUGUUCCAAUUACGGAAAUUGGACAUAUGGUGCAGGAAUUGGAAAUGACAAUAGGGAAGAUCGCUAUUUCAGCAUCCCAAAGCAAGCACAAAGCUUUGAUCCUGAAGGGGAGUACGUAGCGUAUUGGUUGCCAGAGCUGAGAAAACUUCAGAAAGAUAAGAGGCACUUUCCUGGAAUGUCAUAUGUUGAGCGAAUUGUACCUCUCAAAUAUGGUAACCCUAAGAAGCACUACGAUCAGGAGAGAGCCUUUUCCACAAGGCAAACUAAUUAUCCUGGCAGACAGGCUAAAGGAUUCAGUAGAUAGAUAGGAAAAUUUUCAUCACAAACCUAGUUGCCUGCAAAAUUUAUAGUAGUCUCGUCCAUGACCCAACAAACCAUAUCAUGAAUAACUGAUAAUUGAGAUUUGUAUGUGCUGAGAUUAACGUUCCUGGGCUUUAUAAUUUAAUAUCAUAUUGAAAUAAAACAACAAAUUCAGUACUA